AUGAUUCCAGCACUAGUACCCAUUGAAUUACAAGGCCUGACUCAAACAGAGGAAAUGCUCAGUGCACGAGCACUGCCAAUAAUGAGAAUUUACAUCAAACCAGGUGGACAAAGGGGUUACUCUGGGCAUUGUAUUAAUUUGCCUCAAGAUCUUAAUGAGCUAGCAUCGGUUUUGCCAAGAUGUCCUAAGGACUUAUCAAUAAUUGCUGUAAGGGUAAAAGGCAGAGACAACACAUUCAAGGAUGUGAAUGUGCGAAGACAAAAAGUGCACAAUGCAUUGCUGUGGCUGUUGCAAAACAAUUCUCAUUAUAAAGAUAUAACAAUCGAUCAACAUGCAUUGGAUUGCGUACCUAUCAAUGGUGUUCCAACUGAUAUCAUGACUAUUAAAUCUGAUAAUGAUAUUGUGCUAGAUGAAGUAGCAUCACCCGAUUUUGGCCCUUCUGUUAGUGAUGAAAAUGACCAAGUUUACAAGUCAUCAGAAAUGAGUAGUUUUAUGCCAACAAAUGAACGGCAACAACAGGAAUUAGAUGCGAUUAAAGGUCAGUUAUCUCUAAAUGAACCAAUUGCCUGGCCCUCUGUUCACAACCAGCCUAUAAAUGAAUAUCAAACACCUUUCCUUGCCACAUAA